CUCAUUUUUUACGCGCUUGAGGACAUAUGCGGGCGGCCCAGUCGGUGCGACUCUGCAUGGGACCAAACGAUUCAUUUGAAGUGUGUUUUGAAGAGCGUGCGCAGCAAUAGUGUAUUGCAUAGUAGUUUACUUAUGCCCAGUAUUUUGCCGAGCCUGCGACGGCUAGCGGUGUGCGCACGGUUGAGGUUCGCAGAGCGUAACAGUUUCAUGUAUCAUUUAUCCUUCUAAUUCUUGACUGGUGUUUAUUGAUAAGCUGGAGGACUAGCUAUCCAUCAAUAGUCAGACUCCUCAAGGCGCAUGAUGCCUCGUUCUCGUUGCUUAACCUGGGUUUAACCCCUGGUACAUCGAGGCUGAUUCAACCAUGGGGCUUUCAGAGGUGCUCGCGGCGCUUCAAACGAAGCCCGCUAAGCGCGAGUCACAUGAGCUCCAGACACUCGCAACAUACUUUCGGCGUCAGCCAUUCUUUGCUGGAGUCGACUUCACCACCCUACAGCAGAUUUGCAGCAUUAUCACACUGCAGCGUGCAUCGCCCGGCGAGGUGCUGCUACACUCGGGGGAGCUGACGGACCGCAUGUACCUGCUGCUGUCCGGCCGCUGCACCAUCGUACGGCACUCAAAGAAGGAGGGCUACGUUGCGCCUCCGCCGCAGACCCUGCGCAGGGGCCAGGCGCUGGCGGAGGCUGCGCUGGUGCUUUCUGGCCGCCGCUCGGACGUGGCAGCGGUGGUGGCGGCGGCCCCAGUGCCAACAGCCGCCGCCGCGGGAGAUGCCGGCGCCGGUACAAGCGCCGGCGGUGCUGAGGCCGGCGCGGCGUUCGCGGUGAUCACGCGAACCGCCUGGGGCAACAUGUGCGCGCGGGCGCCCAUGCAGCCCAUCUGCGGCGCGGCGCGCACGGCGGUGUUGAACUGCUGCGCCCGGUCGUUGGCGGCGGCGGAGCCGGAGCGCCGGACUAUGGAGCAGUCGGACGACCUCGGGGCUGUGCUGCGGCAGCUGCCGGGCAUGGCGGGGACGCCGCCACCCGUGCUUCGGGCGCUGUCAGAGGCAGCUGCGCUGCGGCGGCUGCCUGCCGGCACCAUCCUGUACGAGGAGCACACGCGCGCGGAGAGCCAGUUCGUGGUGCUGGCGGGGGCGGUGCAGGUGCGGUGCCGGCAGCAGAAGCUGGGCCAGAGCCGGGCCGCCAUCCGCUCCGCGAUGCGCGCCGUGGUACUGCGCCGCAACCAGUCCAGCGUGCGGCGGAACGCGGCGGCGUCGGAGGCGGCGGCGGCGAGGGCGGCGGCGGAGGUGGAUGGCGACGAGGCGGCGGCGCGCGGCGGCAAGAGCGUGCGGGAGAAGAUCCAGGAGGAGCGGCGAGAGCGCGAGGCCGCGCUGGAGUCGGUGAAGCUGACGCGCGAGGGCCUGCGCGACCCCGAGCCUGCCAAGCCGGUGGCGCACGGCGAGAAGUCAAAGAAGUUCAUGAUGGAGUUCAUCAGCCGGGCCAAGCAGACGCUCAACACCAACGACGCCGCUCCCAUCUUCUCCACGCCCUCUGCCGUGGCGCCCGAGGCCCUCAGCGAGGGCCCCACUACUGUGGCGCCGCCGGCCUCCCCCGGCGAGCCCCUGGCACCCACCACGCCCACCAGCUCGUUGGCGCCGUCCGCGCCCUCCACCGCGCCGCCCUCGCGUGCAGCCAGUGCCUGGCACCGCGCCGCGCUGAAGCUGACCCACUCGGGCGAGGAGGGCUCCCAGGGCGGCGCCGGUCCGCAGCUCGUGGGUGCGGGCGAGGGAGACGACUACGAUGAGAGCGACCCCAUGUUGCUGGAGUACCAGCGCCGCAAGGCCGAGGAGGCGGGCCUGGUGUCGGACGUGGGCAACCUGUUGGGCGGCGCCGGCGCAAGAAGCGCCCAUCUGCGCGGCAUUGCGGCGGCCCGCAGCGGUAAGGCGCACUUCUACGACCACAGCGAGGAGGAGCGAGAUGAGGACAAGGACGGCAAGCACGGCGGCCACGUGCGCUGGGCGGACGGCGGCGCCGCGGACGGCGGCGCCGUGGGCGACGCCGACGGCGACGCCGAUGCGGGCGUGGAGGCGGAUGCCGGCGACGGGCCGUCCGUGUCUCGUGUCAAGCUUGUGUUCAUGGAUAAGAACUACUGCGUGGCGUCAAAGUCCGUGAGGUUUGUUGACGCUGUGGAGAAGCUGGUGCGCCUGGUGCGGGAGCGCGGCGAGAGCGGCGGCGGCGCCACAUUUGCCGACGCCGCCGACGGCGACCCCGGCGGCGGCGGCGGUGAGCCCACCAUCCUGCACGUCGCGGACCCCAGCGUCGACGUCGAGGCGGCGGCGCCGCUGCUGGAGGGCGCAUCUGCGGGCGGCAGGGGCCGCGGCCGGAGCGGCCGGGCCUCUGGGGUGGUCCCCGCGGGCGACAACAACGACGAACGUGAUGGUGACCUUGACGGCGCAGACGACGAGGACACGGAGGGCGCGGAAGACGACGACGUUGAUGAAGAUGCGGUGGAGGAGGAGCACCUGGAGCAGCUGUACGGUCCCGUGUCGGGCCGUGUGGAGCCGGGCGCGUUGGCGGGCGAGCUGCCGCCGGCGGCGCUCAGUCGCGCCACUGGCGCCGGCACCGCUGCCAGCAGCGGCAGCGUCGGGCCAACGCCGGUGCCGGCGCGGCACCGCCGUGCCAACACCGCCAUCGCGGCGGCGGCCGGCGCGGAUGUGUUGGUGAUUGCGCUUGAGGCGCUCCGUCGCGGCGCGGAGGCUGUCCGCAGCGACCUGGUGGCUGAGCGGCUGGCGGUGUUGGGGGCGCUGGAGCCGCUGAGGGGGCUGAGCGAGGAGCACCAGGCGGCGGUGGCGCUGGGGGCGGCGGUUAUUUCGGUGGACUCUAACGCGCUGGUGGUGCAGCAAGGCCAGACGGUGGACGCGCUGUACGUGGUGCUGGACGGCGAAGUGCGGCUGUUGGACGACCCAGACAGCCACAUGGGGGGCGGCACCGGCGCCGGCGCCAGCCCUCAACCCGGCGCCGCCUGGGGCCGCACCAUAUCGCUCGACUCUGCGGCCCUCUCCAAAGCCAUGAGAAAGGGCGCGGCAGACGCAUCGGGUGGUAAUGGUGGUGGCGGCGGAGCUGGUGCUGAGGGCGGUCAUGGGGCCAUUAAGGCCCGGCGCGCGGCGGCGGCGCUGUCCACGUUGUCGCUGUUGGGGCCGGGCGGCUCGUUCGGGGAGAGCGUGCUGGGCUACCCGGCAGACCUGGCGCGGCAGGAGGAAGAGCUGGCGGCUGCCAAGGCCAAUGCGUGGACGCAGGAGGGCGAGGACGGCGAAGAUUCACCACGCGACCAGGGCGGUUUUGUGAUGGGCCACGCGGCCAGCUUCAACCGCCACAGUGCCUUUGCCUCUGCCGGUGCAGCCGCCGCCAGCGCUGCGGGCGGCAGCGGCGGCGGAGCCGCCGCCGGUGGCGCAGCCGCUGUCGGCCGCGGUAGCGGUCUCGAUGCCAACACGCCGCCGCCGUCAUUCUACAUGGCUAGUGCGGUCGCGACGAAACCCAGUCGGCUGUUGGUGUUGCCGAGGCAGCUGCUGGGCCGUUAUGGGUACUUGCGCGCGGCGCUGCCGCCGUUCGCUGAGGCGCGGCGGGAGGCGCUGCUGGCGCGGCGCGGGCAGAUCAAAGGCACACCAGCCAACAUGGUUGCAUCGGGCCUGUCGUCGGCGGCCAGCGUGCCUGUGCCUCACGGCACCGCCGCCGCAUCGCCUUGGUCGGCAGCCGGCGGCGCCAGUGGCGCUCCGCCGCUGCAGCAGUCCCCCAGCCUGCCGGCGCCGCGGCCUCCGCCGCCGCGGCCAGUGGAGUUUCUGGAGCAGAUGGGCUUCAAGAGCCUGAGUAACCCCCGCACCAACGCGCUGCUUGCCAGCGGCGGAGGCAGUGGCGGCAGCGGCGGCGCCAGCCCCUCACCCGACCGCCGCGGCGCGCUGGUCUCCUCCUCCUGCCGCGGCUUCGAGAGCCUCGGCGGCAGCGCUAGCGCCGGCGGAGCCGGCACCGGCACCGACGCCGGCAGCGGUCUCACAUUCUCCGCACCCGUGCCACCCAACCUGCCCUCUCCCACAAGCAACGCCGCUUCCCCCAGCGGCCCGGGCGCGCCGCCGUCAGCGGCCACGGCUCCGGGCGGCGCCGGCGUCAGCACGCCGCCGCCCGGCGGCUCUGGCGCCGGCGGGCUCAUGGGCAGCCGCGCCCUGGGCACCACGUCGGUCAGCUCGAGCUUCAGAAGCGGCGGCGGCGGGCUGCGCUCGCGCAUGCUUUCCAGCGGCGGCACUGCCCCCGGCGGCAGCGGCGGCGGCGCAGGCUUGUACGGCGGCGGCGGCGGAGGGGGAGGAGGGGGCCUGGGUGGCUCGUUUGGGCUGGUGCGGUCGGCGACUGGGCAGCUGGGGCAGGUGACGGAGGACGCAGCGCUGCAGGAGCUGGCCGGCGCGGAUGGCGGCCCGGGCCGCGGUGCGCUGCCGGCAGCGAUGCAGCAGGCGGCUCGGUACGAGCAGAUGUCGGGCGGCGAGCUGGACAUGCUCACCACCAAGCCCGGAGAGGAGUCCUGGCAGGCGGUGGGCGCGGCGGCGGCGGGCGGCCGCGCACCGCCCAAGCCGCGCAUCGCCCGCACCUCCAUGACCGGGGGCGGCAGCCCGGGGGCCAGCCAGCGGUCGCUGGGCCUGUCGGGCGCCAGCAACAAGCGAAUGAGCAUCAGCGGCCUCUCCACCUACGGCAACAGCAGCUUCGGCGCGGCACCCGCGGGCGCCAGCAGCGGCGGCGGCGCCAUACCCAGUGUCAGCGCUGCCGGCACCGACGGCCCCAACACCCGCACGAGUGUCAGCGGCGGCGGCUUCUUGCACAGACUGGAGAGCCGCGGGCGCGGCGGUGACAUGGGCGGCCGGCCGGCUUUGCUCACCGUGGAAUCCUUUGUUGAAGGCGGCGCCGGCGGCGGCAGCAGCACGGAGUCGCCGCGCGGCACCGGGCCCCCGCCUGGCAUCGCCGGCGGGCCGUUCGGCGCCCCUGCGCCCUCGCCCAUCCCAUCGCACCUGAGCACUGCCGGCGUACGGCAGGGUAUCAGCUCGACGCCGCUGCCGUACAUUAAUACCGGUACGGCUGGCGGCGGCGGCGGCGGCGGCGGCGGCAGCAACCCCAACAGCGGCAACGCCAGUGCGUUGGCGCGCCUGGCGCUAGCUGGCGCCGCCGGAAGCGGUGGCGGCGCCGCGACCGCCGCCGGCUUGGCGUCGCGGGGCAGCAGCGGCGCCUCCACUCCCACAGCGGCUGGUACGGGUCUGUACGGGUAUGGCAUGGGCGGCAGUCCAGCCAGUGGCGGCGGCAGCGGCGGGAUGCGGCCAAUGCGGAACAGUUAUACCGGCUCGCCUAUCACCGUCAGUGUUAGCCCGGCCUACGGCGCCGGCACGCCGGCCUCGCCCGCCGGUUUCUCAAGCGUCGCCGGCGGCUCCAUCUUCGCCGCAAUCGCAGCAACCGUGGAUGCACCGUCGCCGCCUCCCGGCGGCGGCUCCCUGCCCGGGGCCGGCCCCGUGCCGACGGGCUGGUUUACGAGCACAGGCAGUGGUGGCAGCGGCGGCGGCGCUGCCACCGCCGCGCCGCUGGUUGGCGCGCCUGGCGGCGGCGGCACACCACCGCCGGUCCGCAGCACCAGCCGUAAGACGUUUGGCAUUACUGGUGGAACGGCGGGCGCGGCGGCGGCGGCGGCGGCGGCCGCCGCUGUCCUCAGCGGCAACGGACUGGGCAGCGUGGCGGGCUGGCAGCCGCCGCCGCCGCCGGCUGCAGCAGGCCUGCUGCCGACGUCGGCGCUGGCGUCACAGCAGGGGGCCGCGGGCUCGGCGCCGGGCACGAGCCGCCAGUUGGGCGCGGCGGCUAUGCGUGUGAGCUGGGAUGGCUCCACACUGCGUGGCGCGGCGGCGGCGCAGCGCCAGCAGCAGGGGCAGCAGCGGCAGCUGGCCGCGGGCGGGGACGUGGCGGCGACGGCAGCGCUGCUGGCGGCGCAGGCGCAGCAGCCGGUGGCGAUGUUAGGUGCCAUUGGUGGUGGCGGAGGAGGAGGAGGUGGGAGCGGCGGCGGCGGUUGGCUGUGAGGUGCGGCGCCGCCGCAUUGGAAUUAUAUGUGGGCGCUGGCAGCAACGGGGUCGUGUCGUGGGAUGCGUUGUGGGGCUUGUGCGCCGGGUUGACGCAGCCUUGAAGCUCCGCACGACUUGCACGGGCUUGUUCAUGCAUUCUUUAAUUCUUGUGCCAGUUUGUGACUGUGGCUGUGGCGUGUCAUGCUCGGUGUACCGCAUUCCUUUGUUGCGAAGUUGUCAGGUCGGAACUCGAAAGAGAACGUGGGGGGCUCCUGCGUGCUGGACGGGGGCGGGGGGCGGUAGUUGGACCUUUGUCGGCUUCAUCUUGGGCUUCAUGCAUAAGGGAAGAGCCGUUUCGUCCGGUGUGCAGCGUGCGCACCAUAGUUGAUUGAAGAUUUGAAGUAGCUAUGGCAUUGGCACGAUGCAAGCGUGGGACAAGGUGGGAUGCCGCGGUUGCCGCCAUCCCGAAUGUUUACAGUACCGGUAACUGCCUAGUGCCCAUCAAAUCCGAGGCUGCGAUCUUGGCUGCGCUUGAUUUUACUGAGCGCAUUGCGGAUGCGGCCUCAAUGCCUGGGCUUUCAUGAAUCCGGUGUCGGAGAAACUAACUGGCUGCUCAGGCGAGGCUGCGUUGCACGAGGAGACGGAGAGCACCUGGUGCUGCCUGGUGCAACUGUGCAAGCUACAUGAAAUGUUACUAU